AUGGCAAAAGUAAAGACUGCAAAAAAAGCAACUGCAAUCUCACCUUACAAUAAGUUUAUGAAAACCGAACUCCCCAAAGUAAAAGCCGAUAAUCCUAAUAUUUCUCACAGGGAAGCUUUUAAGGUUGCUGCUCAAAGAUGGAAAGACGCGCCUGAAAAUCCAAAGAACAAAGAAGAAGAAGAGUAA